AUGUUGGAUUCUUUUAUCCGGUCGCCUCGCAUCAUCUGGUCUCAGUUGGCCGAUAGCGAAUUUGACAUGAUAAAUUGCAAAGAGGGCUGUCACCAUAGCCACCAGUUCCGACCCUACCAGCAGUACCCCUGCCGGAUUCCAACCGUGGAGCUGAGUGGCUCUCUUGUCAUGAGUCUUCGUUUCAUUGUAUGGUUUAAAAGCCGAAACAAGUGUUUUUUGAGGGAGGCAGUAUUUGGCAUAUGCCGGGGUGAACGUGACGUGCACAAUCAGGUUUCAGUUGCGUCCGGGCCUGGUUUGAUUGAUGUGCUGUACAUGAUGUGUGUCUUGCCCAGUUGGUACAGGAUAGGGACUACAACCACAAUAAGUAUAUUCCGACAGAAUUCAGCAAGUUUGUCAGUUGGUAGCGCAGGCGGGGAACAGGUCGAAGUUGUGCUGCAGGCGCCAAUUUUUAGUCUCAGGGCAGAGGCUACUGCUCUCCUGUGGCUCUGCAAAAAUGCUCUCUCUUUUUCUCCCUCUUUCAUACACACGAAUCUUUGUUGUUUUGAUGAAAUCUGUAUUGUUCGUAUCGUGUCGAAUUCACCGGCUCACUGUGCCGACUCUACACCAACUCUCCUCACACAAUCUCAACUUCUUCUUCUCACACCGACUCUAUUCAACUACUCUCGGCUCCCAAUCUUUCUUGAAGUAAACCCGGAGAAAUCCUACAUCUGCCUCUCCAAGAUCCAAGGGAUCCCGAUGAAUCAUCUCUCCCUACAAAGAAUUCCUAUUUUUCAUUGGGUCCUGUCACCAGCCCACCCCAACCCCUCCCUCCAUGCUCUUUCAUCUGACAAGAUCCCGAGAUACAGUUGGAAUAAAACCGGGGCUAAUCAAUGGGAAUUGAACCCGGCUGGUACAGCACAUGUUUUUAAGCUGGUACUUGCACGAGUGUCAGUCAGUUGCAUGGUAGAAGCGAAUUUCAAUGCAACCCAGGUCUCUUCCAUAUCAUAUUAUUAUAGUGGGAUUUCCGCAAAUAAACAUUUGUUUAUGAGACGUAUUCAACCUUUUUACUGA